AUGGAUCCCUCGGCUGCAAAGUUUGCCAUGCGCAGCAGCAACAAACACAGCUCGAAGAGGACGACGCCGCACAGCCACCGAUUCAGCCGCGAUAGCACCAUCACAGCAUCACCACCGUCAAGAGCCGCAGCAGCGUCAUCAUCAUCAUCAACCGCAACCAGCACAUCAAUAAGCCCGUACCCGUACCCGUGGAGCACGGAAGACGGCGGCUUCCACCCGGAGGACGGCUUCCAGAGCGAGGGAACGCCGUACGACCCGCGGGCGAUUGUGCGGGUGCUGAUCCCCGUCUCGAUCGCCGGGUGGCUGCUGUUUGGGGUGAUUUGCAUCCUGUGCAUCAACGGCCGGGGCAAGGCGGGCCGGUGGAUCCCCGAGUGGUAUCUGGAUUCGGAGGGGACGCGGAGGGACAGGGCGCUGGUGGUGGGCUGGUGGGUGGUGGUGAUUGUGCUGUGGCCGGUGAUUUUGCCGGUGCUGGUUGAAAGCAAGCAAUUAUGA